AUGAUUCACAAAAUAAGCACGACUGAUGGACUUCCUCCUGAGGUAUUUCCACUCUAUCCUGAUUUGGAAGGCAAAGUCGCACUAGUAACUGGCAUCGGUCAAGUCGGGCCGUUGGAUAGCCCUUUCUGGGGCAAUGGGGCUGCUACCGCUCGUCUUUUAGCCCGGAAUGGCGUUUGUAUUUUUGGUUGUGACAUCAAUAUUAAGGCCGCGGAGACGACAAAAAAGCGGCUACUGAUGGAGACGCCCGAUGCAAUCGUGGAUGUCGUGUCUGCGGAUGUCCUAAAGUCAGAGGAAAUGGAGGCUCUCGUUGCAAGUGUUGUAGAGAAACAUGGUCGAAUUGACAUUCUCAUCAAUAAUGUCGGCCAGACAACUGCUGGCAAUCCGGUAACUAUGUCGGAAGAGGUCUGGAGUCGUCAGAUUGACAUAAAUUUGACAUCAGUCUAUCGACUUUGUCAUUACGUCCUACCGAUUAUGGAGGAACAGGGCUCUGGGAACAUUAUCAACAAUGCUUCAAUCACAGCGUUGCGCUAUAUUGGCAAGCACCAAAUCGCAUAUGCAUCGGCCAAGGCGGCUGUCAUUCGUUUCACCAAGGCUAUUGGUGUGAUGUAUGCAAAGAAAGGUAUACGAUCGAAUUGCGUGGUUCCAGGGCUGAUGUAUACUCCUUUGGUCGACAACUUUGCCAACAGUGAUGAUCCGGCAGACAGGGAGGCAGCCAAGCGUAUCCUCGACCACAACUGCCCCAUGGGUUGGAUGGGCACUGGUUUGGAUGUGGCAAAUGCUGCAGCCUGGCUUGCGAGCGGCGCUAGCAGGUACGUAACGUCGCACGAGCUCAUCGUCGACGGAGGUAUAACUGAAAGUACUGGGACUGGAUUUUUGGCAGUGUAG